AUGCGAUUCCUCCACUCCUUGACGCCCGCCCUCGCGCUUUUUGCGGCUGGUGCCGCGCAGGCCGCUUCUUCAUGGGGAUUCGACAGUGCCACCGUUUCUAUUGCUGGAAAGGGCAAGGAUGCCAUCAAGGAGAAGCUUAGCGCGACUUCGCCUCUCAAGAAGCCCGUUUCUCUUGGAUCCAAAGACUCCCUCAAGGUCAUUCUGACGGCCAAGGAGGGUGACAAGGCCAAGCGCCCGCACCAAGCGUUCCUGAUCCUCAAGGAGACGGAGACUGGCCUCGAAGCCCCCUUUCCUCUAGAGCUCAAAGAGAACGGCCGCGGCGUCGUCGAUGUCGCACAGAAGGACCUUCCCAUCCAGCACUUGCUGGCUACCAAGCCCCUCCGCGCCAGCGUUGUUAUCGGCUCAUUCGGCUCCUCCAAGGCUCUCGAUGCCACCGUCUUCGAUGUCGAGGUGAAGCGUGACACCACCGCCGUCCUUCCGACCUACGAGGCUCCCCUUCGCUAUGGCAAGCAGCCUGAGAUUCACCACAUCUUCCGCGCGGACCCCCGCAGCCCGCCCAAGGUCAUUUCUCUGGUCUUUGUGCUGGCUGUUCUUGCCACAAUCCCCGUGCUUCUUGUGGGCUGGCUCUCUCUCGGCGCCAACUUCAACCAUCUUUCCAAGGCCCUCGGUGCCGCCCCUAUCUCCCAUGCCGUCUUCUUCGGCUCCAUCAUCGCCAUGGAGGGUGUCUUCUUCCUCUACUACAGCACUUGGAACCUGUUCCAGACCCUGCCUGUCAUCGGCAUUGUCGCGACUUCCAUCUUCCUCAGCGGCUCCAAGGCCCUUGGCGAGGUCCAGAGCCGUCGCCUGGCCGGCCAGCGGUAA